UAUUGAUCCGAGGUUGCCACUGGAAACCCGCAAUAAGAUGCAGCAGGAACAAGUCUCGAAAGCCGCUGUCUGGCAGACGGAAAUUAAAGUGAAGAAGUAUGGCUGAACAAGAGAACGUGUUACUUUCCAGAUUUAAAUUGUAUAAGCAAGAAGUACAAGGGGAAGUGCAUGUUUCUUCUAUCAAUCUCCCGUACUAUAAUAGUGGUACUACCAUGGCUGAACCACGAGAGAACUAAAAAGUAGUAUUUCUUGUAGGUAGUGAAGAAGUAUGGCUCCUGAACAAGAGUUACAACUAACUAAAAGUAGUAUUUCUUCUUCUUGUAGGUACUAGUACUUGUUGUAGAAGCUAUACAUAGGUAUGCUGCAUAGUGACUUCGUAAUACUAUAGUUAUCCUCUAAGUGGUCGGACAACUUGUACUUGCUAUCAAAAACAAAAUCAAUCUCUUGAUGUAUAGUACUCCUUAAGUAGAACAGCAAGUGCAACCGCAAGCGCAAGCAAAACAAGCGUAUUACACUUGAUUUGUAACUUCAUCCCAAGGGCCUUUCAUUGCGCAGCUCGCGAGAACGAUUUCAAGGAGACGCAGCAGUUGAUGAGGGCCAAAUUGGAGAAGGAGCUAGAGUUAAGGCUGCCGCUAAUCCAUCUUGAGAGGCGUCCACCUCAGUGGGUUCUCAAUGGGACGAAAAGGUAGUCAACACCAUAUCGUCCUUGCUUGGAAGAUCAUCCAUGUCCUCCCUAGCACCAUGAUGCUUGGUUCUUCUUUUUCAACUUGAAAUAGAACCCUCCAAGGAUAAUGCUCUACUUAAGGAGGAUGAAAUGGGAAAACGAUACUCAGGGUGUAUGUCAAGAUGGAUUAAUAGGGUGCCUCUAAUAGAGGACCAAAUGAAGCGAACCUCUGAACAGAACGAGAAAAACCCACUGGACAACGCCAAGGACUUGGAGGCCGCCAGGUUGGAGAAGAGGAAAGAGGAGAUUCGGAAGAAGUUUUAUGAACGUUUUCCUCGAGGUGGAGGUGGACCACAUUUGUUUUUGUAGACGUAAAAUGAACGUGCGUGAAGAUGUAAUCCUAAUCAUAAUUGUUCCACAUUUACAACUCUGUACCAUUUACAUAGCCAUUCAAAAGUGGUUUGUUUCGCCUUGCGCCUUUCAUUCCUCGAUGCAAGAAACUCGUGUCAAAGAGCUUGGCUUAGCUGCAGCAGCAGAGGACAACCUCAACACUACUGCUGGCACGCUGACGCGCGUGAUCACGCUCUAUAUGAAGCCGCCUGCAGGAGUGACUGGAAGCAGUAGCGUUAUGAGAAAAGAUUGUGACACCCAUUGCGUAUUAGAGUCGUCUUGUUGUUUUUGAUCUUCAUCAAAUUUCAGCAUCGUCCUUAUAUUUCGUUAGAAACUCACCAUGAUGAAAUCACCGUCUUGGGGCAUAGUUACCUGACAACAUGAACAUAGUAACCAUGAUCUCGGAACAUGUAGCUAUCAUCUUGGAACAAGACAGUUAUCUAUCUUAGACUUACUAGAAGUAGAACAUAGUUAAGUUAGUUAAGUAAUAGAACAUCAUAGUUAUUAAGUAAUAAUAAUAUCUGAAGAGGACAGCACGACGAGUGAGAGUCCUCUAAGAUCCGCCUGAGUAACCUCACACCUGCCGCUGCCAUCCAAGAAAUGCUGAGUGGGGAGACAGGUGGGAAGUUUUACUCCAGUAUGUCACAGGCCAUGGC